CGUACGUCAGAAAUCCUGCGUAACUACCCACAACAAACAUGGCGGACGAUCACACAGACGCAGAUCAGUCGAUGGAGGGACACACUCCUGUCUCUGAAAACCCUCAUACAGAGUACGGUCUGACAGACAACAUCCAGCGGUCGGUGGAGAAUGAGAAAGGAUCCGAGAAGAAGCAGAAAGUUGAUCUUCAGGCGCUGCCGACCCGAGCUUACCUGGACCAGACGGUGGUUCCCAUCCUGCUGCAGGGCCUGUCGGUGCUCGCUAAGGAAAGACCUCCGAACCCGAUCGAGUAUCUGGCUGCGUUCCUCCUGAAGAACAAAUCUCAGUUCGAUGAGAGAAAUUAAGAAAACGCUGCGUUAGAAAAUUUCAUACAAUAGAAACUUUGUUCGUUUGUUUAUAAACUAAAACUGUUUUUUUUUUCUUUUUUUUUUUCUUUUUUUUAAGAAUCCAGAAUAAACAUGUUGACAUGAA